UCGCAUACAUCCAGUUUCGCAAUUUUGUGCGCUAAUUAAUCACAAUAAGGGCGAUAAUUGAGUGACUUGUUGGUUUUAUCGUGAUUGUGAUAAGGACAUUUUUUUCCUUGUGCGUUUACGUGUAUAGUUUGCUGAUAAUUUUUGAACGUAAAAUAGAUCUUAUUAACAUGGACAUGUCACAAGUAAACUAAAAUCAUAAGCAUUGUCUAGUGCUUUACUUUACGUAGUGCCAUAGUGUGUGAAAAUGCCGGACACACUCUCACUGUCGACCGGUGUCAGCCUGGGCCUGCUGGCCGGCAUCGUGUCCGGCGUCUGCUAUCUCAUGGCUAAUGGAAUUAAUUGGCCUAGAGAUGAAGAGAUCUAUAGAAAGCACAAACAACGCAGCAUAACAUCAUCUGCUAAGCCGAGCGUGUGCGUCCAAUGCGGGGGACACACUGAGGGCGGUGUUGUUCCCUGCGUGUGUCACAACCACAAGCCUGUGAAGUUCGAGUCUGGUGCAUGGUUCCUGCGGCAGGCGCAGCGCGCGCUCAGCAUGAUGCCCUGGUCCCUCAGCACCGACAAGCUGGAGCAGAUUGAGGAGGAGUGCGAGCCAAGCUCGAGCAUGGGCGACGUGUCCAGCGAGCUGCACAGCAUCCGGGAGUUCCUGGAGCUGCUGUCAGCGCGGCUGGCCGGAGGCGCGCUGGAAGGUACCAGGGUCGCGCCGCUAUAUGACCAUCCCGAAUAUUUACCGCAAUCCCAGCAUGGUUCAAGCGCCGGCUACGUGGGCAGCGGGGCGAGCGGUGCGCACGCGCAGCUCAAACGGCUCGUUGCCAGAGUCGUGGAGGAGGCUGCAGCGCUGCCGGCGCUGGCGCGGUACGCCGCAGCGCCCUCGCCAACGCCAACGCCCACACCCACCAUACACUCCUCAACAUAUGAAGAUCUGCUAGCUACUGCUAUAUUGAAUAAGGUGAUCGAGCGUUACCAGACCGAGAGCGGGUCCGGGGGCUCCGGGGGUCGUAGCAGUGGCAUCCACUCCGCCAGCGCCAGCCCCUCGCCCUCAGAGCGCUCAGAGCGUUCAGAUCCCCGCUCGCUGCAUUCCAGGAACACCAGAGACAUCAGUCCUCCGCUGCGCGAGGAGGAAGACGUAUCUGAUUGGGAGGAGGGCGACGCCACUGACGAGGCGGAGGCGCUACCGCGGCGCGUGCCCUUCCCGGAGUUUGGGGGAGACAUCGUGCAUAAUGAUAACGAAGAUCAUGACUUCGACGAAAUAUCGAGCAGUGACAUACAGGCCGUCGAUGGAUCUUGGGAGGAGAACUGGCUGUUUCAAAAGAAAAAAAUUAAAACGAUACAAUCCGUACCUGUACCGAUGCUGGUCCCUAACUCCAAUGCAGACUAUCGAGCGCUGAUAGGUGACAGAGACGCCGAAGACACCACCGAUCUUUCGGAUAAUGCGAGCGAUGCUGAAGAACAAGCAGCAGACUACAAGAGCGAUGUCAAAAAAGUUUUAGACUCAAAACAUAUUAUUGGAGGAAAAGCGAAAGUGCCUGAGAUUCAUACGGAUGAUUUUGAAGCAGAUAGUCUUGAUAAUAUGAUUUUUAUCGGAUCAGACGACAACGAGAAGUAUAACGACACUACAAUAGAUGAAAAUAUUUCAACCGACUUUGACAAUGAAGGAAAUAUCAAUCUUGUAAACAACAAUGAGGAGAAUGAUUCCAUUUUAUUACUUGACGUGGAAAGCGGACCGCCGCCGAAAGCAGAAUUUAAUUUAAAUGAAGAAAUACAUAGAUCUAUAUUCAACGACACUCAAACUGGAUUAUUGAUAGAUCUGGAUACAUCACAGGCAAUGGAAGCAGAUAGUUUGGAAAACCUUGAUCAUGGUCCCAAUUCAAAAAUCUUCACAGACUCUACAGCAACAAAUACGUUAAGUCGUCACGAGCGAGUCGGUGAAUAUGAAGAGACGGUAGCAGUGCCGGUGCAGAGAUACGCCGACAGUCUGCGCAGACAACAUGCUGAAGAUGAUACUAAAAGAUGCACUACCAUAGAUGAUAACGAUGAUUUGAUACCAGGUUCCAUUGCACACAGAGAACGGCAGAAAUGGCUAAACUAUGUCGAGAUGCCUAAUAAUCCUUAUUCACCUGAAGCCAUACAAAAAAGAUUAACAACAAAAAGUACUUCGUCGUUAUUCGAUUCGCUUACUUGUAAAGACAAAGAAUUUAAAGCUGAAGUUACCGAAGUCAAUCAAGUUAAUCCAGUGAUUGAGAAGGAAGUUGAUGAUGAAGAAAGAAAGCAUAAUGGUACAAUCGACGAGGAAGUAACCAACAAAAUCCAUUCGAUAACUUUAAAUGAAAAUGAAAUCGAUUCUCUUAAUGGUAAAAUCAGAAGUCCAACACACAAAAGCUUGAAACGUGUACUUUCAGAAGAAAUUCCUCAAUACAAACGAUAUGGCAGAGAUUAUUACAUAAAAGACGCCAAAAUGUCAUCUGGAGCGCGCAAAACUAACAGCUUGUGUAACAGUGAUACAAGCUCCAUAUCUUCAAUUCAUAAAUCAACCAGUUUAGACAAUUUCGAUACAGAGUUCGCUUCGCCUGUAAGUGCCAGCAGUUCGUUGAGCGACCUCGAGGCGUCCGCCCUUCAUCACAACAUCGUCCGAGCAUUUCUCAGCCCCAGAAACGCCAGUCCCAACUUUGCUAUAAAUCCCAUAUUCGAAAACCCCGACAGACCAAGUGAUAAUGAUGACGAGAAUCACUCGACAGACCGACAUUACGUCACCCGGAACGGACUAUUGAUACAACAGUUCACAACAAUCGCUACAAAUCAACAUUACACGAAAUUCGCUGGUAAAGAUGAAAUGCAAAUAUCAGUAACGACGAUGCCUAACAACAAUGACCAAAUUUUAAUAGAAUACGAGGAUGCAAAUGAGCACACGCUGUUUGUCGCAAAACCUGCAAUGGCCGAUGACACUGAUAGUAAAUUUGAUGAAAUCCUGCAAUCCGCGUACAAUCCAGACACAGCGCCGUUAACCAUAGAAAUAAUCAAUCAAGACGAUAUAUCAGAGAAAUCACCGGAAAAUCUCAUAAUUGAAAACUCAUUUAUAAGCACUAGUAGUUUAGAAGAUUCUAUUAAAAUAUAUAACGUGCAGACCGGGGAGAUUGUAAAAUGUAAGCCCGAUGAUAAGGUAUCACCCAGAUACGAAGAAACGGUUGACAACAAUGACAACAUUGAAAUACUAGAUAAGAAUCUCUCUGAGGAAAUGAACGACAGCCUCAGUACUAAUGUUGAUACGUGCGAGGAAACAAACACAACCAUUACAAACAUAGAAAGAGAAGAAAGCUUGAACAAGAUCAGUGAUAUAGAGGACAUCCUGUCGCAACUUCCUAACGUAAAAGAAUUAGCUAAAAAGUUUGUCAGUAUGGAGAACUUGAACGAAUCUACCAAGCCUCCACAACAGCCCGUAAGACGCAGAAAGAGCAAAGACAACAUGCUUAACUUCGAAGACAAAACAGACAAGCCACCGAACAAACUAAUUUACAUGCACAGUCUCACAGCUAGAAGCAUUUCUAAAGAAUUCCGGGACGAAUUGAAACUGUCGUUGGCCACACCACUCACAGUUCCCGGAGGGUCCAAAGCAAUUCCCGAAGGAUUAGAAGAGAUAUCAAAGGAAUCUAGUAGACCGGGUAGUCCAGUCCCCGAACCUGGUACUAUAAAAACUAAAUUAGCGUUCUUUGAAAGUUUAAAAUCAAAAUUGAGCAAAUAAGUUAUAUACAUUGAUUAUUUUUAAUUUGGAAUGUGAUAUUUAUAGAUAAAAUAUUCUAUUUUCUUAUAUUACAAAUAUUUAUUUUCAUUAUUUAGAUUUGAAAGUUAUAUAAAAUAUUUAAUCUGUACAGACAUCAAUAACAUUUUCGUGACGAUAAUCAGAUGCAGGCAUCGUCGUUUCUAUAUAUAAAUAAAUAAAAAUUGUCAUACUACAUUUGGUUUACUGUUUGUAAACCAUUUUCGUAGAUAAAUCACUCAUGUCACAAAACUACAACUUGAACGAGAAUAAACGAACAUAAUUUAAUUUUUAUUGCUGGCAACACUGAAAUGGCUAGAUUAUAAAUAAACAAUGGUGAUCUGUUAUACUAUUGUGCGGUUGGAAGAUUUUUUUAUCUUUAUUUCAUUGGAUCAUUCAAUCGGUGUCAUUAAAUUAUUAUUAUUUACGAGUUUACGAACAUUAGGAUGAUGUAAAUAUUUAGUGCCAUUUUGUAAUCAUUAUUCGUGUAUUUAGCUAAUGCCAAAGUUCUGAAUAUAUUUCUUAAAUUGGUGUGUAGGGUAAUAUUUUUCCUCUGUGGGUUGUGUCAUGUUCAUAAUAUUCAAGAAUUUAGUUUUAUGUUACAAUUAUUUAGAAUUAAGAUGAGCAAUAAUAUUCAUCACAUUUACAGUGAGAACAUAAGAUUGUGAAAUAAUAUGUAAAUUAUAUUAAAAUAGACAUAAAUGUUACCUUUUUAUGGAAUAACUAUGUAAUUUGUAUCUU